AAGAAACACUCUUUGCAUCACAAUGGGUGAAGGCGGCACAAAGUGCAUCAAGUACCUGAUUUUCUUCUUCAAUUUCCUUUUCUUUAUACUGGGAAUGGUGUUCGCUCUAAUUCUGAUCUCCAGGAUUGGUCGUGGACACUACGCUUAGUUUUUUCAUCAUCAAAUGUAUACUCUAGCUACAUUCCAGGCGUUUCUGGUUCAUUCGGGUCAGCGACGGGAAACUGGGGCGCAGUGUUUUCAGUCCCUUACCAGAACCAACCAGGAACGCCUGUGAUGUAGCGGCUAAUUUUAAUGAAGACAAAAUGAUUAGUUUAGAUAAAAAUUUCACAAUAACAGCUAUCUAGUCGACUAAAGGGAAAUACUUCGUAUUAGUGUGAUGAAUAAUAGACUUUCUUACUGAUACGGCGGCCAUCUUGAAUUAUGGGAUGCCGAGGGGACAAACACGUUAAAAAUUAGUUAAAAAAGCAUAGAGUGCGAGACUACGUUUUCAAAUAAUUUGAAAUCUUGGUGUUUCGCUUAUUGUUCCAACUACCAGCAAAUUCAAUUGCUUUUUAGAUGUGCUUCUCAUUGAAAAGCGUAAAGUUAAACAGCAAAAAUUAAAAGACCCCCUGAAAGAUGUGCAGUCUAUAUAUUUUUCCAUAGCUGCCCCCUCAACAUCCCAUAAUAUCUUAAUUAAAAAAAUAGAAUUCAAGAUGACCGCCGUAUCGGUAAAGAGUUCUAUUGUCAGCAUGCCAAAUUGUCUAUGGAAAGACUGAAAAAUCUGGAUCCAGAAAAAUUGGAGAGGGAUUGGAUCCCAGCACAUGGGCCACCUCCGCUUGGCUGUAAUAAUGUCUUCCAACGUGCUCAGACCAUGUGUUAUUCUCUAUAGUAUCACUUCUUUGUUUAAGGAGAGGGCACAUGAAUAAAGUAUUCUCAAAAAUUUGA